UCGUUCAAGUUGUGCGACACAUCUCCCUUGACCACAUUUGCUUAGAGCGACGAGUUUAACCUCCCUGGAUUUUAAAACAUCUGCUCUGCAGGUGUCGCCUUACAGACUGUGUUGGUGUAAAAUCAUCAAGAUUGCGCCUAACGGAAAUCACACGUUUUCCUGCAUUCCUCUCUGGAUUUUAGAGGAUAUCAAAGCCUACAUUAAGAAAUCGGCAAACAGAAAAGCCAACGUGAAUAGUAGUGAAGUUCCUAUAUCACAAGUAACAAUGAAAGACGAUAGAAACCCUUGCCAAAGUGGGCCACUUCGUGUGGCCGUGUUAGGAGCUGGUGAAGUUGGAAAGUCUGCACUCACCGUGAGGUAUCUUACCAAAAGAUUCAUCGGAGAAUACAGAUCUGAUACCGACAUGCUGUACAAGUGCGUCCUGCAGGUGGACGGAACGCCGCAGCCAGUGGAGAUCAUGGACACCUCCGCCAGCUGCGACGAGUCCUCUGACGCUCACCUGCAGUGGGCCGAGGCCUUCGUUGUUGUCUACUCCGUCACAGACAAGGAGUCCUACAGAUGGGCCGCUGGCACAGUGGAGGAGUUAACAAACCGAAGAUCUUCAGCGUGUGUAUUGAUGCUGGGGAACAAGAGCGACCUAGGUCACCUCCGAGAAGUCGAGGAGGUAGAAGCCAGGUCGCUCGCACUCACUCACGCCGCCCGCUUCUCGGAAGUGUCCACGGCGGAGAGCUGCACGCCCGUCGCUGAAGUCUUAGACAAUUUCCUGAAGGAGGUCAAGUCUCAGCGCAACGGGAGCAGCAACCAGAACGGAGGAUCGCCCAAACUUCGAAAGAUUUCCGUCACGAAGAUGCUCGGUUCCCUCAUCGGCCGGAGUUCGCCGCCCCCGACGCCCAUGACCCACCUGAUCAUCCUGGACAAGGAGGAGAGGAGCAAGCUACAGCCAGCCAUGAGACGGUUAUGUCGGCCGUGCCUGCGGCCCGCUCACUCCCUGCCCUGCUCCCCGCACACGGCGGUGUGAGGCCCUGCCGUCGCAGGCUCUCGGCCCCACGCCCGUCUUCGCCAACAUUCCUUGACUUAUCGAGUGUAAAUAUAUAUAUGUAUAUAUAUAUUUUGUACAUUUCAGUGCUUUACACGUGGGUGACAAACCAAAACACAUGGAAUCAAGGAAGAGUUCUCCUCACCUGUUAUCAUAUACGAAUGUCAUCCAACACGACGCCUUGCUAUAAUAAGCAAAACCAACAUUCCAUACCUCCCUUCACGGAUAUUGUUAUUUUUAUCAUGGUGAUAAUCAUCAAUAUUAUGAAUAUCUUGUUCAUCUAUUUUGUUGAUAAUUAUCAAUCGUCUGCGAUCUCUCCAAAGCUUCAUCAACCAAUACCAAAGAUUUUAAUGUUGUCAUUGUUACUGCGUGCUGUACAUUCAGGUCUGUGAUAAACUUUUUGUACUGUAUGCUUCAGAAAGUUUCUAUAUCUUGUAAUA